AUGCGCCUGGCGGAGAUGAUCAAGAAGAUGGGUCCCAGCGAGGCGGAGCGGGGCAUCCCGCCCAAGAACCGCUCCCGCAUGGUGGUGCUGGGCUCGUCCAAGGUGGGCAAGACGGCCAUCGUCUCCCGCUUCCUCACCGGCCGCUUCGACGACCAGUACACCCCCACCAUCGAGGACUUCCACCGCAAGUUCUACAGCAUCCGCGGGGAGGUCUACCAGUUGGACAUCCUGGACACCUCCGGCAACCACCCCUUCCCGGCCAUGCGGCGCCUCUCCAUCCUCACAGGAGACGUCUUCAUCCUCGUCUUCAGCCUGGACAACCGUGACUCCUUCGAGGAGGUCCAGCGCCUUAAGCAGCAGAUCAUGGAGACCAAGUCCUGCUUGAAGAACAAAACCAAGGAGAGCGCCGACGUCCCCCUGGUCAUCUGCGGGAACAAGGGCGACCGGGACUUCUACCGGGAGGUCGGCCCCCGGGAGAUCGAGCAGCUGGUGGGCCCCGACCCCAAGAAGUGCGCCUACUUCGAGAUCUCGGCCAAGAAGAACAGCAGCUUGGACCAGAUGUUCCGGGCCCUCUUCGCCAUGGCCAAGCUGCCCAGCGAGAUGAGCCCGGACCUCCACCGCAAAGUCUCGGUCCAGUACUGUGAGCUCCUGCAGAAGAAAGCCCUCAAGGGCAAGAAACUCCUCAAGGAAGGCGGCCGGGAGGCUGGCGGGGAGGCCUACGGCAUCGUGGCCCCCUUUGCCCGCCGCCCCAGCGUGCACAGUGACCUCAUGUACAUCCGGGAGAAAGCCAUCCGAGGCGGGCAGGCCAAGGACAAAGAGCGGUGCGUGAUCAGCUAG